AUGCGUAUUCCCGUCAUCCUCUUUCUCGCACUCUUCUCGACAUCUGUCUUUGCCCACCCUGUCCAGACGUUCACAAGUGAACUUUCAUCGGAGGACGGAUCUCCUUGGAAGCGAAGCCCCGUGAACCCUACGGAGGAGCAGAGACGGACAGAACAAGGCGCCCACCUUUGGAGGGCUUCCGGACUCGCCAACGACUUCGUCCAAACUCACAAGAAAAAUUUUGGUCAGGCAAGAACGGCAAGGCACGCUGCGCGCCUGGUAAUGCACGGAGCACAAAAAGAUCACACACAGUCGGCAAAGACAGUGCAGGACGAGAGGACACGUUUGGGCCGCAAGACGCCGGGCUCGCAAGCAUUCAAAAGGUCGAGUAACCGUCUCAAGGAGGCACACAACAAGCAUACGACCAACCAGCAUGCGCUUAUGACUGCGACAUCAGACUAUCAGAAGACUCAGGAGACAUAUGAUGAGGCAGAGAAGGACUACACAGCAGCCAAGCUCAUUAAAAGCGCGGUUGACGAAAAGAUUCAGACACAUGUGGAUAAUAGCCAACGACCUCCCCCAUAUGAAUGAGC